AUGCCUUGUUAUGCAGACACAAUCAAAAAAAUCAAGUAUAUUAAAAAAAGUAAAAAAGAAGAUGUGAAACCUGAGAAUUCUAUUCAAACAGAUCAAGAACCUGAAACUGAUAUGACAGAAAAAAGGUCUGGUGAAGAUAACAAACGCCCAAUAUGA